AUGCUACCAAACCCUAAAGCCUAUACAAGAGACCUCAUCAACCUACCGUACGGCGACAAGUGGCGCGCGCUGAGGGCCAUCUUCGUGCACGAGCUGCUGGGGCCCGCGCGCGUCCGGUCGUUCGACUCCGUCCGCGAGUCCGAGGUGUCGCUGCUGAUGGAAAGGCUGGGCCACCGGAGCGACCAGGCUCGGCCCGCCAACCUGACGGCUGAGUUCGCCACGUUUACCAACAACCUCAUCUGCCGGACGGCGUUCGGGAAGAAGACGGUGCACGUGGAGAGGGUGCUUGAAGUCAUAGACCAGGUUGUGGCCUUGUUCUCCAAGUUGACGGUGGGGGAUUUUGUGCCGUGGCUGGCGUGGAUCAACUGGCUUACCGGGUUCGACGCGGCCAUCGACAGGUGCGUGCGGGAUAUCGACGAUAUCUUAGAGACGGUGCUCGAGGAUCACUUGGCCCGGAAAGAAGGCGUGGAUAAGGACAACUUUAUGGAUAUACUGCUCGGGAUAUAUAGAGGAGACGUUCCGGGCGUGUCGAUCGACCGCAUUACCGUCAAAGCCAUGAUUUAUGAUGUUCUAGGGGCGGGAACCGAAACAUCAGCAAAGGCUCUAAUGUGGAUGAUGACCGAGCUGAUUCGGCACCCACACAUCAUGAAGAAACUGCAAGAUGAAGUCCGAGGGGAGACCGAGGGCAAAACGGUCAUAACUGAGGACGACAUCCAGCGAAUGCCGUACCUCAAGGCCGUGAUCAAGGAGACUCUGCGGAUCCACCCACCGGUGCCCAUCUACAUGCACGAGGCCCGAGAGCACGUGAACUUCAUGGGGUACGAUGUCGAGCCCGAGACGAUUGUCGUGAUGAACGUGUGGGCCAUCGGGCAGGACCUGGCCUUCUGGAAGGAUCCAGAGAGGUUCGUGCCCGAGAGGUUCAUGGACUCGUCAGUCGACUACAGGGGGUUCGACUUCCAGCUGCUUCCGUUCGGGGCCGGCCGGAGGAUCUGCCCUGGAAUAGGGUUCGCGGCAGCCACCUUGCAGCACACAGUGGCGAACCUCGUGAAGAACUUUGACUUUGAGCUACCGGGUGGGGCCCGGGGGGAGGACCUGGAUGCGACCGAGAUGCCUGGGUUUACGGUCGGGAAGAAGCAGCCUCUCGUCGUUGUUCCCAGGCGCGUGGAGCUUGGAAGUAGGAGUGGUUUGGAGGAAUAA